CCGGCUUUUUAUUUCGUUGUUUGUUUUGGUUGAACACAGCCGGGCGCGCAAUUUGUUGUUUCUGAUUUCGUGUUUUUUCUUGAUUACACGAUUUGUUUCGCAAGUGUUUUAUUCUAUUGUUGCGUGAAUAUCGUCACAUUUUGUUGGAGAACUAGUUUGCUGACAAUUUUUUAAGAAAAUGUCAACCGAUUUGGAAAAAUACCUAUCCUCGAUGAAAGGGUGUCUUGAUACCCAGCAUGGAGCCAGAGCCAGAGACUACGUUCAGGCCAUCUCGGAUCUGGUAUUGGGAUCCGAACAACUUAAUCCAGCUGAAGCAGAAUACUACCUGGACACUAUUUUCAACAGUCAAAACGGAACGCUGGCUUUCAUGCAACGCUCGCUCAAAGCUGCCGGUCGAUUCCAGAAAGCUAACGAAGACUUAUUCGAACUGUACCGGAAGUUGGUGCAGAAACACGAGAAACUGGUUAGGAAGUCGGCACAGAAAGUCUUGAAGGAAUGUGUUCGAUUCAUUCAGUCUUCGUCUGCCAGUGCCCGAGAAAGGGAAUUGGCCACGGCCCUGGUUCAGGACCUACUGUUGUACAAAUGUCUCGAUGAAGAUUGCGAUAUAAGUCAUCUACUAGGGGAACUUUUGGCCGUAUUCGAGCAACGCAAAUUGACCAAUCGAUUUCAGCAGGCUCUGUUUGAACUGGUCGGUUUGUUGGCUAGGGAUUAUCCGGAAUGUGUUUCCGAGUCGAGGCAAAGGCUGAUUUUGACCACCAUUAUGGCAGUGGCCGAGGGACAGCUUCUGGAGAAAAACUACCCUUCGCUGGUUUCACUGGCGGGAGCCUUGCAAGGAUUGAAUUAUUUCUUGGUCAAUUUUGCUCCGACUACAGCCGAUGAUGGCGCCUGCGAGGGAAGCAGUCAGCAGCCACAGAAUCAGCAGUGGCGGGAGAGAAUUUAUGUGCUGAUUAAAAAGCUUUCGGACUGGGACGAGGCCGUUAAGGAACGGCUGGCUUUCAGAAAUGCUAUGCUGCUACUGGAACGUCACGCACCGCUGUUCUCAAACUUCUUAUACUCCGAGUACACCUAUUGGCAAACAAUCCUCACAACCAAAUGGAUUCGUUCCAACCUGGAGGAUCGCAAAGUUGGCAUCUACACCCUACAUUCGUUCCACAAAGAAAUCGCUCAACAGUUGGUAAACCGCGCAGAGCAAUCUUCAUCGACUGAAGAUGAUCGUCAAAGUCGCGUUGCAGUCCUAAACUACUUCAUGAAGUAUUUUCGAACCAUUCUACUGGCUUCGAGUUCGAAACCGUUCGAGGUGCGAAUCGCUAUUCGGGGUUUCGGAUCGAUGGCCGGGCCCUGUAGUCGGCUGAUGAGCGAAGAGUUCAUGAACGAGGUCCUUCUGUUGGUGAUGCAGCGUACUGAGUAUGUUUAUCUAGUCGAGAAUAAGAACUCGGAUUUGCUGGAACACUUGCCGGAUUUUGUACAGGCUCUGUCGGACAUCAUGAGCCAUGUCAAGGAACUGACCGGAGUUCAAAUAGUUUCCCUGCAGAAUAUUAUCAUCGGGUUGAUCAAAGAUUUUCACUAUCUUAGUAGUACGUACCACGAGUUGAUCGUUAAUUCGCUUAUGAAAACAUUUGAAAACUUAAGCAAACUAGGCGGGACGGUUUUGAACAGUUUGUUGGACAAAGUUGUACUACGCGGUUUAAUUUGGACCUGUUCCCACACUUUGGUUAUUGAUGUAAACCAAGAUGCUGAUGAAACCUCUAAUUGGAAGGACUACAUUACGUACAAACACUAUCUACCCUUAUGGAAAGGAAUUCUAUCACCUGGAAGCAGUUUUCACUCAGACAGAAGUCCGCUGAUAAAAACUAUCUACGAUCACCUAGUGAACAACUUGUUCCUCUUGUUGGACAAGAUUAAUCUCGAAACGCGGAAAAGAACGAUCAAGGAUGCAACAGGCGAAGACCACGAAAUGUUCUUUUGCGACCCAAACAUCGAUUUAGUUCCAGUGAAACCGAAAGAUUUCCACAUUUUCUUCAAUUUGGUGGACCUAUACCAGGAUUUAUUUAGAUACAAUACGACCAUUCGUGAAUAUUUCGAAGAUUGGAUACCCCUCUUUUUCGACUACAUGAUACGAAAGUCUCUCAAAUACCCUCUGGUUAGUGGACUAGUAAAAUUGAUCGAUUUAGGCAUGUACCUUGCUAAUCAGCUGCAAUAUUUCAAAAGCAACCCAAUGGAACCAUCUUUCACCAAAGCCUCCACAAUCAAUCUUCUCGUCUACUAUCUGGAACUACAAAUCGCCAAAGCCCGACAUUCCACCGGUGAACUUCAAAUCACCUGUCUACGUUUCAUCCUAGGGGCACCAGUAAUUCUCCUAGAAAGUUUCCUGGAGAAUUCCCAGGAACUGAUGGACAUUUUUCGCAUCUCGCUUCAGCUAGGCAAAGGAAUACUCUCGCUAGCUAACGCAGUCCUCUCCUGUCUGCAGCAAGUGUCGGCCUACGAUUCACCUAUUUCCAGGGAACACCGCGAAAGUCUAAUUGCCCGAACGCUACCCCUAUUCGACACGUAUCUACAAACCAACGACUCAACCCAAGCCGUUCCAACGAACGCUCGCUUAGUCAAGUUUCAACGCAAACGAAGUGUACAGCUAAGCGCCAGUAAAAUUGAGAAGAUAAAACUACAGCACGCGCUCGAGAGCUCGGAAAGCGAACUUUUGAAGUUCCAACUGCGAAUCCUGCUUUUCCUGGGCGAACUCGAGCCAAGCCUGUGCAUUCAGAUGGUUCAAAACAGGGACAACAACUCCACCACAGCAGAUAGGCCUCUGGUGUUGUGGGACCUUGACUCGAACAGUAGCAUUACGUUACAGCUACUGGCCCGUGUAGGGAUGCGUCCCAUUAUUAAAUUGGACACGAUCAUAGCCAGGGUUUGUAGUUUGGCUGUUGGAUCCAGUGAUCGCAAGACCAAGGUUGCUGCCUGUGAACUGUUACACGCGCUGGUGCUGUACAUCAUCGGCAUCGGGUACCAGGAUCGGAUGACCAAGUUGUG